CUGAAAAAAACUAGUGCAGUGUGAAUUUUCGCUUCGAUUUACAAGUUUAAUUGUAAAAAUUAAGAUGGAAACAAGUGAAAACGAUGCACCAGGUGAGGAAAUACCGGAAAAACCAGUAGAACAGAUGGAUACAAUGGACAUCGAAGAGGAAACGCCGAGUAAUGAUAGCUACUCAGCUGCCCCCAUAGUAUCAGAUGCAAAACCCCAGCAACCUGAAACGACUGAAGAAGUUUCAGGUGCUGCUGUUGAAACUCCGAAUGUUCAGGUUCCAAUUGAAACGAGGGAAAGAAUUCCACUGUUGGCUAAUCCACCGUCACUGUUGAAACCGACUGGAGCUGUUUCGAAUUUUCCUCGAGCUGCGGCACCAGUUGUUAAUAAAGUUGCGGGUAUAACAAACAGUAUGAAUGCACCUCCCCCUCUGUUAGCCACGCCUUCGAACCAACCUCAGGAACUGUGGGUUGAAACCAAAACCGCAGAGGGAAAAUCAUAUUACUACCAUGCUCUGACACGGGAAACAACAUGGACCCGUCCGGAUGGUCCCAACAUCAAGGUUAUGACACAAUCCGAGGUUGAAGCCAUGAACAAGCAGGUAGCGUCAGCUGCUCAACAGAAGCCAUUGAUAGAACAAAAGCCUGACCAAAUAGCCGGACUAGUUCCAGUGCCAGUAACUGCUCAAAUUGCUGUAGCUACAACUGCUCCUACCAUGACGGCUUCCGUACCACGAUUUUCGGGACCUCCGCCAGCUCUUAUGAGUGGUAUUCCCCCGUUCGGAAUGCCUCCGCCAUCGUUUCCAAAUUUUCCACCAUGGAAUGCUGCCGCAGCGGCCAGUGCCGGUCAGUGGCCCCCAAUGCAAUCACCGCUGAUGGACCCGUCUAAAGCCAUCGCGGAGAUCAAGAUCAAUGAAAUUGAUCCAAUUAUUGCUGCUAAAGCCGUAGAGUGGACUGAGCACAAGGCACCGGAUGGUAGACCGUACUACUAUAAUGCCUCUAAAGGUGAAAGUGUAUGGGAGAAACCGCAGGCCAUUAAGGAUAUGGAGAUGGCCAAACUAGCUGUGUAUAAUGCACGCCAGAAACCAAAAACACUCCCACCGUUUAUUGCUCCACCAAUACCACCACAGAUGCCUAUUAUUCCGCCACUUACCGGCGGAGGUCAGCUACAGCCGCAAGCUUUGGGACCUGGUGUGAAAAUUCAACAGUUUCCCCCACAGCUCGCUACUGCCGGUGCUCCAAUACGGUUACAGCAAAUAGCCGGAGCACCAGGCUUGGUAUUUGACCAGAUUAAUUUUAUGGCUCAUGGCAAAAACGAUAAGCAGGAAGAGGAAAAAAAGAAAAAAGCUGAAGCUGAGAAAAAGAAAAAGGAGGAAGAGGAAAAGGCUAAAGCUGCUAAACCGUUGGACAAGAGUCGUCCAAUCUCUAGUACGCCGAUUAGUGGGACACCCUGGUGUGUGGUGUGGACCGGUGAUGGUCGGGUGUUUUUCUACAAUCCUUCUUCAAGAACUUCCGUGUGGGAACGACCGGAGGAUCUCAAAGAAAGAGCCGACGUCGAUAAAGCUAUUUCUGUUCCCCCACAGCAGUUGCUUGGAAACGUGCCAAAAGAAGCAAAUGAGCCGGCGCAGAGCUCCAAAACCAUUCCAAUCGCUGUUACGAACGAUAUAGCAGAGAAACGUUCGGACUCGGAGUCAAGUACAGAGGAAAGUGAGGAGAUACCUAGUAAGAAAUUUAAAACCGAUGUAGAAGCUGCCAUCAAAACUUCGCAGUCUGCCGCGGCUGCAAGCUCUAAGGGUGGUAGCGAUCCGGAGAAGGAAGCCCUGGCAAUGGAAGCGGAAGCCCGCGCUUCCCGUGAGCGAGCCCUGGUUCCUUUGGAUGUGCGUAUGAAAUCGUUCAAGGAAAUGUUGAAGGAGAAAGAGGUGUCUGCGUUUAGCACCUGGGAAAAGGAACUACACAAAAUCGUGUUCGAUCCCAGAUAUUUGCUGCUGACGUCCAAAGAACGGAAGCAGGUGUUCGAGAAGUAUGUCAAAGAUAGGGCCGAAGAGGAACGCAAGGAAAAGAAGAAUAAAAUGCGCCAGAAGCGGGACGAGUACCGGUCGCUGCUGGAGGCAGCUCAUUUGCAUGGAAAAUCAUCAUUUAGUGAGUUCGCUCAAAAGUAUGGCAAAGAUGAUCGCUUUAAAGUGAUAGAAAAAAUACGCGAGCGGGAAAGUUUGUUCAACGAGUACAUAGUGGAAGUGCGUAAGCGCGAAAAGGAGGACAAGCAGAACAAACGCGAACAGAUACGCAAGGACUUUAUGGCUAUGCUGCGCGAACAUAGCGAAAUCAGCCGACACACCCGCUUUCACGACGUGCGCAAGCGUCUGGAAUCGGACGGUCGCUACCGAGCCAUCAGCGAUUCGGCCCUCCGCGAGGACCUGUUCGAGGAGUACAUUAAAAUCCUGAAAGACGAGAAGAAGCGAUCGAAAGACAAGGACAAAAAACGCCACGAAAAGCGAUCCAGCGAUCGGCGCGGUCCAUCUCGUGAGCGUAGCGUGUCGAGGGAGCAAAAUUGGGACGAAGACGGUGAACAUCCGCAGACGUCGGACGACGAGGUGGAGCGCCAGCAGAAGGAGCGCGAGAAGAGACUCCGCGCCGAGGCAAGUAUUAAAGAGCGAGAGAAAGAAGUCCAGCGUACGCUGGCCACUCAUCUUAGGGAUCGGGACAAGGAACGGCAGCACCAUCAGCGGGAUGAAGCGAUUCGUCACUUUAACGCGCUGCUGGCCGAUCUGGUGAGGAAUGCUGAUCUUACCUGGAAGGAGGUGAAGAAGCAGCUCAAGAAGGACCACCGCUGGGAGCUGGUUGCCUUACUGGAUCGGGACGAUCGUGAACGCUUGUUCAGCGACCAUAUCAACAAUUUAGCUAAGAAGAAGCGUGAUAAAUUCCGCGAAAUGCUCGAUGAAAUUUCUUCCUUAGAACUGACCAGUCAGUGGAAAGAGGUUAAAAAGGGCAUUCGCGAAGAUCCACGUUAUCUGAAGUAUAACAGCAGCGAGAGAUGUGAACGCGAGUUUCGGGAGUACAUUAAGGACAAGACAAUGAACGCAAAAAUUUCGUUCCGUGAGCUGCUACAGGAGUGUAAGUUUAUUACCCACAAGAGCUGGGAUACCUAUCGGGACAACCCAAACCACCUGCGCGAGGUGGAGGAUAUUUUGCGCAACGACAAACGCUACCUUGUACUAAGCCACAUGCACCCGGAGAGAACGCAGAUGAUUCUCGGUUAUUUGGAAGAUUUAAAUAAACGCGGUCCGCCGCCACCACCGACUGCAAGCGAGUCGUCACGGAGGAAAUAAUGUGCACGCAAUUUUUUGUAAGUAGGUUUUUCCACGUUUACAUUUUCAUUACAUGUUUACCAUCGGGGUCCGUCGGGGUGCAGCCGGUAAAGACAUGAGAAUGACUCCCAAUAAAAAUCUAUCUAACAUAUAGGCAACGAUUACAAAGUUAGACUAAUUAAUCAUGUUUUCUAGCGAAAACAGCGCAACGGUGUGUUUCGGUAAUUCAAUAAACUGCUUGAGAU